CGCAUCUUUUGUCCUCAGGUGGCAAGUAUACGUAAAACUACAGUCCUGGAUGUCAUGCGAAGACUGUUGCAACCAAAGAAUGUGAUGGUGUCCACUGGCAGAGACAGGCAAACUAACCACUGUUACAUUGCCAUCCUCAACAUUAUCCAAGGAGAAGUGGACCCUACUCAGGUCCAUAAAAGUCUGCAAAGAAUACGAGAGCGAAAAUUGGCCAACUUCAUACCGUGGGGACCAGCCAGUAUUCAGGUGGCAUUGUCACGGAAGUCUCCAUACCUGCCAUCAGCUCACCGUGUCAGUGGGCUUAUGAUGGCCAAUCAUACCAGCAUCUCCUCAUUGUUUGAAAGAACCAGCAGACAGUAUGAUAAACUCAGAAAAAGAGAAGCAUUCUUAGAACAAUUUCGCAAAGAGGACAUAUUUAAGGAGAGUUUUGAUGAACUGGAUAAUUCCCGGGAGAUUGUCCAGCAGUUAAUUGAUGAAUAUCACGCUGCAACUCGCCCGGACUACAUUUCCUGGGGUACACAGUAGCAGUGACACAGACUGCUGCUUGCUGAGGGUUUACCGCUGCACAUUCCAUCAUUAUAUG